AUGAAUAUUUUUACCAGAUGUAUUUUCUUAUAUUCGUUCAUUUUAGUAUAUGUAGCAUGUGCAAAUGACAAUAACCAAUCAAAUAAUACAGAUGAAGGAGGGGGGAAGGAUAAACCAGGGAAAAAUGGCUUCGAUUUUAGUCAAUUAGGGAAUAUUUUGAAUUCGCUUAAUGGGAAAGGAGGCAAAGGUGGUAACUCAAAUGAUAAUAACGCUAGUUUUGACAUUUUAAGUAAUCUUCUGAACCCAAAGGGUUCAUCAAAUGGUGGUCUAGAAAACCUUAUGAAUCUUUUUAAUAAUGUUUCAAACAAGGGAACGGCAAAUUCAAAGGAUGCUAACGGAAAUUCAAAUUUAAAUAAUAUAGACAUGGGGAAAAUGAUGGACAUGCUAAAACAGUUUAGUGGUACAUCCAAGGGUGGUGCUCAAGGGAAUAGUAAUAAUACAGGUGGAGAUGGGAAGAAAGCAAAUUAUAUGGAUUCAUUUGGAGAUUUGUUAAAUAUGAUGAAUGCUAAUAGUAAUACAAAGGGAUCUAAUGGUAAGGAUGGCGAAAAAGGGUCUAACCCGUUGGAGCACUUAAAUAGCUUGUUCGGGAAUAUUGAUGGAAAGGGAUCAAAGAACCCGAUGGAAAAUAUAACCAAGUUGUUAGGAAGUUUAGGAGCAAACAAAGGAGGUGCCGAUGGUAAGGGAGCAAACCCAUUGGAGCAUCUAACUAGCAUGUUAGGAAGUUUAGGAGCAAACAAAGGAGGUGCAGAUGGUAAGGGAGCGAACCCAUUGGAACAUCUAACUAGCUUAUUAGGAAAUUUAGGUGCGAACAAAGGAGGUGCCGAUGGUAAGGGAGCAAACCCAUUGGAACAUCUAACUAGCUUAUUAGGAAAUUUAGGUGCGAACAAAGGAGGUGCCGAUGGUAAGGGAGCAAACCCAUUGGAACACUUAACUAGCCUUCUUGGAAAUAUUGGAGGAGCAGAAGGAGGAAAUAAAAAACUAAUGGAAGGUAUCCAAUCACUGUUCGGAAAUUUUUUAAAUGGAGAAAAGAAUAAAAAUGCACCGUACUCAUUGGAUAAAAGUGUAAUGGAUGGUUCUAGAAAUAAAGAGUCUAUAUUGUUAGAAUAUAGUAAAAAUGAAAGGGAUAUAUUGAUUGAAUUACAAAAUUUGAUAAAUAAGAACAAGGGAAAUAAUAAAGAGAUAAAUGAAAAGAAUGCAAAAUUAAGGACUUUCUUCAGUACACUUAAGGAUAAAUAUAAUCCAUACUCAUAUGAAAGAAAAAUAUUAAAUGAUAUAACGAAUGAGGAAGACAUUAAGAAUAAAUACAAUAUUGAUGACAAUUUUGAAAAUCAAAUUUAUGUAAAUGGAAAUAGUGGUAGUGUAGAUUAUGAAGAAAUGAGCGAGGCAGAAAAGGAAAAAAAAACAGGAAUGUUUGAUGACAUAAAUGAGUUCGAUGAUAACGAUUCUGUGGAAAGCGGUUCGAUUAAUAGUCAUCUUUUAAGAAAAAAUAAAUUAGAAAAUGAGAAAUUAUUGAGAGGAUUGAUUACAGGAGAAAGUGAUAAUUUGCACGAGUGCAACUGUGCCUCUAGUAAGACAAAAAAUUGUAUAUUCUCCUACAUCAAUUAUAACAACUUGGAAUAUAUGUUGAACAACUUAAACAUUGAUGUAAAGUCGAUGGUGAAGAAGUAUUCCAUUGAUCAUGCAUUGACGGAUAAUAGCAAUUCUCGCUCGAAAAAUGCUGUUGUCCCAUUUCAGAAAUCGGAAUCAUUCCUUAUCCCAUUGCCUCCGUUAGAUGCAAAAGCAGAUGUGAGAAACACAUCGAAAUAUGUGUUAAGAGUUCCACGUGUGUUAUUUUUAGCAACAAAGAAAGCGUUCUCAACAUCUAUGGACAGAUACUUUUUUAAUUUAUAUGACAUAAUGGAAAGUCAACUAAAAUGGAACACGUAUAUUUGGGGAUAUGGAUUCAAGUACUACCCAUUGUUUUUUUCCAAAAAUUUACACACACUAUUGCAUAAUUAUGAUAAACAAAUUGGAAGUGAACCAUUUGAUAUAAUAUUUGUGCAUAAUAGUUUUGUAUCAAAUUAUUAUAAUCAUUACUUUUUUUUAAAAAGUAUGCCAAGAAUGACGACCCUGAUAUUUAUGAACGAUGGUUGGGACAACAACGUGAAGAAUUCUUAUUUGAAUUUAUUUCCCCACAUUUUUUUCCAAAAUCAAGUGAAUAUAUUUGAAUACAGCCCUUUGAAUAACAUAGAUAUUGAAGAAGAGAAAAGAAAAUUGACGAACAGCUUGUGGAAUAAGGUAUCCAUAAAUAACUCAAAUGAGGUAAUAACGAAUAAGCAUAAGAAGAAAAAGGGUUCGAAAAAAAGUGCAUCUUCUUCGUCUUCUCAAGGAGGAAAAGAUGAAAAGAAAAAAAACGAAUCCAACAAGAAUAAGGAAAAGGACGGAAGCGAUUCGAAUUCUGGAGAAAUCAAUGGUGAAUACUCUUCUUCCAAUUUGGAUGAAUAUGAUGAAGAUGAAAAUGAAAAAACACUGUGGGCCUUUUUACCUCAUGGGGUGAACCCAUGUUGUUUGGAUAAAUUCGAAAACUUUUUUGAAAUAAAAGAAGAUAAUCAUUCAAAUGAUGGUUCAAAUAAAAUGAUUGUGAGUCCAACUUUUUAUUAUGACCAAGCAAGAAAAAUGAAAAAAAAGAAUACCCCCAAACUUGAACUUAGUUAUUCAUUACUUGAUGUAUUUUUAUCCUCAUGUACAUAUAAAGACACAGUACCGAAUUUUUUAAAUAACAUACAUAGAGAUAUUGACAUUUUAUAUUUGUACAACACAACCUCUAGUAAUUACAAUGAUUUCUUGAUUCAAAAGAUUAUGGAUUAUAUAUAUAAUAAAAAUAUGAACAAUUUAAAAGAUCGAAUUCAAAAAUAUGAAUAUGAUUUAUAUUAUUGGAAAGUAUGGGGAUUACAAACGACGCACAAGUUAAUUAAGAAUAAAUUGAAAGAAUAUAGAAAUAUUUUAAGAAGAAGUAAAAUAUGUAUAAUUAGUUCCAAAUUUGCUGGUAUGUUAAACAAGAUGGUUAUUGAUGCUUUAUUUAAUGGUUGUGUAGUUAUUACUGAUAAAAGCCAUAACAAAGAUAUUAAUAAAUACAUAAUCACAACCCGUAUUCCAUAUGAAUAUUAUGAAAUACCAGAUUUAAUUUAUAACAAUGAAAAUAUGAAUUCUUUAGCAAAAGAUAUGAUUGACAAAAUUAAUGUUACAUUGAAUGAAGUAAAUAAAGGGAAAAGGGAUCAAAUGAAACUUGAAGCCUUUAAAACUAUUAUGAAUACAUACACAUACCAAGGUGUCAUACUCAAUUGGAUUAUUCCAACCUUGUAUUUUCAUUACAAUAAGGAGAAAUAUGAACUUGUCAAUAAUUACUUUGUGCUCCCACAAUAUUUUGAGAAUGUUAUCUCCAAGAGCUUAAAAUCAACAAGUGCACAAAGAGAGAAAAUUAUUGCCAAUAUUGAUUUAUCCCUUCAGGAAGAUUUGAUUAUGAAUAAUAAUGAAGUGGCCACUUGGUGCAUUAUAUGGAUUUUGAUUUUUGCCGUUAUUGUUUUUUACCUUUUGCGAAAUAGCAACCUCCUCAGUUCUCUGUUUAAGCAACGAAAGUUGCAUCUUUGA